AUGUGGAAAGCUGAUCGUGCUGGAGGCCUAGAAGAAUUAAAAAAAACACUACGCCAAGAUCAUGAAGAAAUGUGGAAAGCUAAUAGUGUUCGAAUCCUCAAAGAAUUUAAAGAAAAACUAGGCAAAGAUUCGCUUUGGGACCCAUCUUAUGAUACAAUAUUUGAAAUUAUCAAGAAUAUUUGUCUACAAAAUGCUCAACGUUUAGCAUUAAAAGAAAUGGUUGAAAUUCUAUCGAGUUCUUCAAGUAAAAUCGAAAACUGGAAACAAAAAUGGUAUCAAUUCUACGAAAGUAAUCAAUCUAAUAUAACAGAAUAUGAAAAUAUAUGGCAACAUUUCGAAAAUUCUGUUUUUCCAAGUCGAGAAUUUUAUUGA